UGUACUUAUGGGCGAAACAAGACGGAGAUAAUAAAGCAAGGAGCUUUAGCAAUAAUCUGCAAUAUUAUUGUUAAGACAAAACGAGGCCCUCCAUCCUCGGCGGGAGUGGAAGAUCAGAGGGGCCCAUCACUGAACAGAGAAGCAGAAGCCAUUCGAGGAAGAGAACACUCUAGCCCAUGUGCGCUUCAGUUUUCACACUGCCAAAUUUGUUUGCUUCAACUCGGGAUCUCUCUCUCUCUCUCUCUCUCUGGACAGAAACUUGAGAAAAGGAUACCAGACAUAUAUUCACCAAGAAAUCCGAUGCCAUUAUCAUCACAAUCUUCUUGGUUUUUCACAACCCUUCUGUGUUUAUUAGACGUUGCUUUUGCUGGCGACCCGUUUGUUUUCUACGAUUGGACUGUGUCCUACGUUGCAGCCUCCCCACUGGGAGUUAAACAAAAGGUAAUCGGGAUCAAUGGGCAGUUUCCAGGACCAAUUGUGAAUGUCACCACAAACUGGAAUGUUGUUGUCAAUGUCAAGAAUGACCUUGAUGAGCCAUUACUCAUGACAUGGAAUGGCUUACAACACAGGAAAAACUCAUGGCAAGAUGGAGUUUCUGGAACUAACUGUCCAAUCCCUGCUGGUUGGAAUUGGACCUAUGAGUUUCAAGUCAAAGAUCAGAUAGGGAGCUUUUUCUACUUCCCUUCCCUAAACUUUCAAAGAGCUGCAGGCGGAUGUGGUGGAAUUAUCAUAAACAACCGAGAUGUUAUUCCUGUUCCUUUUGGAUUACCGGAUGGUGAUAUUACAAUACUUCUGAGUGAUUGGUACACUAAGAGUCACGAGGACCUCAGGAAAGAUGUGGAAGACGGACGUGACCUUGGAAUCCCUGAUGGUGUGCUUAUUAAUGGUCUAGGUCCUUACCGCUAUGAUAACACACUUGUCCCAGGUGGCAUUACUUUUCAGAUAAUAAAUGUUGAACCAGGGAAAACAUAUCGGCUCCGAGUGCACAAUGUUGGUAUUUCAACGAGCUUGAAUUUUAGGAUACAAAAUCACAACUUGCUUCUGGUGGAGACUGAGGGAUCGUAUACAGUUCAGCAAAACUAUGAUAACAUGGAUAUUCAUGUGGGUCAGUCAUAUUCAUUCUUGGUUACAAUGGAUCAAAAUGCCAGCACUGAUUACUAUAUUGUUGCAAGUCCUCGAUUUGUUAAUUCUUCUUGGGCUAGAGCUACUGGAGUUGCCAUUUUGCAUUACUCUAAUUCCCAGGGACCUGCUUCAGGUCCUCUUCCUAGUCUUUCUGAUCAAGAUAAUCCUUCUUUCUCAAUGAAUCAAGCUCGAUCAAUAAGGUGGAACGUAUCAGCCGGUGCUGCACGCCCAAACCCACAGGGAUCUUUCAGAUAUGGUGAUAUUACUGUCACAGAUGUUUAUGUUAUUCUCAACAGACCUCCGGAGCUUAUAAAUGGGAAGUGGCGUACUACCCUCAAUGGUCUGUCAUAUUUACCACCUUCAACACCUCUGACACUAGCCCAGCAAUUUAAAAUUCUUGGGGUGUACAAGGUUGAUUUUCCAAAUAAAUUGAUGAACAGACCUCCAAAAGUUGAUACCUCUCUGAUCAAUGCUACAUACAAAGCUUUUAUUGAAAUAAUCUUCCAAAACAACGACACCACAGUCCAGACCUAUCAUUUGGAUGGCUAUGCAUUCUUUGUUGUUGGUAUGGACUUUGGAAUAUGGACAGAAAAUAGCAGAAGCACGUAUAACAAGUGGGACGGUGUGGCUCGCUGCACUACACAGGUCUUUCCAGGGGCUUGGACAGCCAUUUUAGUAUAUCUUGACAAUCCUGGAAUUUGGAACCUUCGUGCCGACAAUCUCAACUCUUGGUAUCUUGGCCAAGAAGUUUAUGUUCAAAUUGUGGACCCUGAGAUGAAAAAGGAAGAAGCUUCUUCACCUGAAAAUGCGAUAUACUGUGGCUUACUUUCAUCGCUACAAAAGGAACAGUCUCACAAAUUCCAGUUCUCUGUUGGGCCCUCUCUCUGCAGUAAAUAUAGAAAAAUAUUAUUGAUGUUAUUCUUAGGGUUACUUGGGAAUUUUAUUUUGUAACUGAGUUUCUGAACUUGUAAUGAGAUCAAGCAUGAUUAAUUUGUAAUCUGAAAGUUGUCAAUUCAAAUUUUAUAGGCACAAUCAAGGAGAGAUUUUUUUU